AUGCGAGAUGACACCAUGUAUUCUUUAUUGAGCUCACAACAUCUCCCUCGUGCUUUCAUUGAUAGGAUUGGGACAUUCACCAACAUGAACCGGUGGAAUUUGGCAAACGGUGGUUGCGCCAGGGUAGGAGGUUGCGAGACGACCGAAAUGAUUGGUAAGAAGGAGAAGGAGAUUGAAGCUUCGCGAAAGUGUUGCAAAACAUUUCAGACUAUGGGAGGUUUAUUAUAG